AUGUGUCGGUGGUUCGCCUACAUCUCGCCCGACGAGGAAUGCCUACUUGAGGACGUCCUCAUCACUCCUGAACACGGCAUCGCCAAACAAGUCCAUGACCACUACUUGCCAAAGCUCUUCUCGCACGUCCCUGGUGAGCAGACGUCCAAGCUCGAGAUCACCCUGCGUAACCGCCUCAACAACGUCGACGGCUUCGGACUCGUAUGGUACACGCCCGUCCGCUCCUCGUUCAUCAACAGCAUUGAUGGAAGCCGGCCUGCCACAUACAAAAAUGCCACACCGCCAAACAACGACGCCAACUUCCACAGUAUCUGCGCCGGCACGUCUACGACUGCUGUAUUCGCCCACAUCCGUGCCGCAACGGGCACCUCGGUGGCGGCGAUCAACAACCACCCCUUCGUCUUUGGCCGGCACACAAUCAUGCACAACGGCUUGAUCUCGCACUUCGCAGACAUCCGCCGGCCGAUGCUCAGUCUGAUGGAGAAGUCGGCUUACGAGAACAUCCACGGCACCACCGACUCGGAGCACCUGGCGGCGCUGUACAUGACCAACCUGACCAAGGCCGCCGGCCCAGGCCCGGACAGCUGGGAGCGUCAAUAUACGCCGCGAGAAAUGAUUGACGCACUAACUGCUGCCUUCCACACCGUCGUUCGACUGCAACAGGAGACGCUGGGCGCGGAGAACGUCCAGGCCUGUUCGUUAAACGUGUGCUGCACUGACGGCGAGCAGCUGAUCGCCGUGCGUCUACGCAACCACGCCAUCGAGAACCCACCGAGCUUGUACUACAGCACCAAGGCCGGCGUGACUUUGAACAGGAAAUAUCCGGACAAUGCCUCAGGCACAAAGAACCCCAACGCCACCCUCAAGCCUGAGGACCACGGCAAGCACGUCAUUGUGGCCAGCGAGCCCACAACUUACAAGAUCGAGGAAUGGAAGGUGAUUGAAAAGAACCAUGGCGUCUUGGUCGACAAGGAAGGGAAUUGUACGGAGGAGAAGAUCGAUAUGCCUGAGGAAUUCCUGGCUCAGGCGGCUACAGGACGGCAUUUCUGA